AUAAAAAAUAAAAAAAAUAAAACAAACCUUUUCUCGUCGAUUUCUCAAGCCCUAAUUUUAAAAAAUCAUGUCCAACUUCGAUCUCGAGCGCGGGAAGCGUCCGCCGGCGGCGACGGCGGCGGGCUCGUGCCGAUGAUCGUCGUCGCCAACGUCGCCGUGUUCGUCGUUGUCAUGGGGAUCAACAAUUGCCCGGCGCACGAUAGCACCGACCGCUUUGGUUCUUGUGUUGCUCCUUUUCUCCAUCGGUUCUCCUUUCAGCCGCUGAGGGAGAACCCCCUCUUUGGCCCUGCGUCGUCCACCUUGGAGAAGAUGGGAGCGCUUAAAUGGGACAAAGUGGUCCAUCAUCAUCAAGGCUGGAGGCUUGUCACAUGUGUCUGGUUGCAUGCAGGAGUCGUACAUCUGUUGGCAAAUAUGCUAAGCUUGGUUUUCAUUGGAGUCCGCCUUGAGCAGCAAUUUGGAUUCAUUCGGAUUGGCGCAGUUUACCUUAUUUCUGGACUCGGUGGCAGUGUCCUUUCAUCUCUAUUUAUUAGGAACAGUAUCUCUGUUGGUGCUUCUGGUGCAUUAUUUGGGCUUCUUGGUGCAAUGCUAUCAGAACUUUUUACAAACUGGACUAUCUACACAAACAAGGCUGCAGCCCUUUUCACCCUUCUAGUGAUCAUCGUGAUCAACUUGGCUGUUGGAAUAUUGCCGCAUGUUGAUAAUUUUGCACAUCUUGGAGGAUUCCUGACAGGGUUCCUUCUAGGCUUUGUUUUAUUGAUGCGACCACAGUUUGGCUGGAUCGAACGCAGGAACCUUCCUCCUGCCAGCCAGGUUAAAUCCAAGCACAAGGCGUACCAGUAUGUACUAUGCGUGAUUGCACUUUUGUUGCUGAUAGUAGGAUUUAUUGUUGGUUUGGUAAUGCUAUUUCGAGGAGAGAGUGGUAACGAUCACUGCCACUGGUGUCACUAUCUCAGUUGUGUACCAACAUCAAGAUGGAGUUGCGGGAACUGAAGAGCAACUAUGCUCUCUCUUUAUCAUACCGAAGAGGAGGAGAAAAAUCCUGCUGCUUUUUUCCUUCGAGAACUUGUGAAAUGUUUCUAUGCUUUAGUGAUUUAUUAUACUUGUAAUUCAUUUGUAAAUAGCCGGGCGGGUAGCUGGAUGUUUCGGUGCGAUUGAAUGAUCACGCAGAUUACGCAUUGUAUCAUUAGCAAACAUUCUUUGUACGUUUAUGUUCUUUCACAAUCUCUGUACUUUAUUUCCCUUUGUUGGGCUAUGUAAAUGAAUAUUGGACUCGAGUAAAGUAUAUGCAUCUAUUUGCCUUUUUUU